AUAUUUAAGGGGCGGCGGGGGUGGGAGAAGGGGGAGUUGGGGGUUGAACUUGAAACCUCCUAGCGGUGUCUCCAUUUAGGGAGAGAGUGGAACCACUCCGUCCAUGACGUGGGGAACCAAGUCAUGCUCUUUCAUUCGUUGCUCUCCACUCCCAAUAAAUUCCUCCCUUUCUCAUCACCCUCAACUCUUCUUUUCACCCAGUAUCCAUUUCUUUCCCUCAGGAAGAAAGAACCUAACUUUGCGAGCAGGAAUUGGAAGUCUUCGUCAUAAGGCCAAGGCACAACAGGGUGAAAUAAUGGAAUCAGCAACAGAAGUUCGGGAAUUAAACAGGAAUCUUUAUCCAGACAUAGAGCCCUAUAGUACUGGUUUUCUGAAGGUUUCUGAUCUUCACACAAUCUACUGGGAGCAAUCAGGGAACCCAAAUGGAUAUCCAGUUGUCUUCCUUCAUGGGGGCCCUGGAGGAGGAACCGCACCAAGUAAUCGGAGAUUCUUUGAUCCUGAUUUUUACCGAAUUAUUCUAUUUGAUCAGCGAGGUGCAGGAAAGAGUACGCCUCAUGCUUGCUUGGUAGAAAACACAACAUGGGAUUUAGUCAAUGACAUUGAAAAGCUUAGAGAACACUUGGAAAUUCCUGAAUGGCAGGUGUUUGGUGGCUCAUGGGGAAGUACACUAGCUCUUGCUUACAGCCAAUCUCACCCUGAAAAGGUUACUGGCAUGGUCCUAAGAGGAAUUUUCCUUUUGCGGAAGAAAGAGAUUGACUGGUUUUAUCAAGGUGGUGCUGCUGCUAUAUUCCCUGAUGCUUGGGAGCCAUUUAGGGAUCUUAUUCCUGAAAAUGAGAGGGGUAGUUUCAUUGAUGCCUACCACAAGAGGCUAAAUUCUGAUGACUUGGAAACACAAUAUGCGGCAGCUAGGGCAUGGACAAAAUGGGAAAUGAUGACUGCUUAUCUUCUUCUGAAUGAAGAAAACAUGAAGAAAGGGGAUGACGAUAACUUUUCACUGGCAUUUGCAAGGAUUGAAAACCACUACUUUGUGAAUAAAGGAUUCUUUCCUAAGGAUUCUUUCUUGCUAGACAAUGUUGAGAAGAUAAGGCAUAUUAACACUGCAAUUGUACAGGGAAGAUAUGAUGCUUGCUGCCCCAUGAUGUCUGCAUGGGAUCUUCAUAAAGCAUGGCCAGAGGCAGAGUUUAAGGUAAAAAGAGCUGCCAUCGUUUAUGUUCAACAUAACGUUGUUCCAGAUGCAGGGCAUUCAGCCAAUGAACCGGGAAUAACUGCUGAACUUGUGGCUGCAAAUGAGAGGUUGAAGAACCUCAUCAAGAAGCGUGAACCUUGAAAGCCAGAGGCAGCAUGCGGUUGCAGCCUACAUUUCCCAGUUGGGACAACAUGCUUGAAUGAAUCCCUGUAUCCGUCUGAAAGACGGUAGUUUGAAUAAUGUUAAAUGGAAUCCCUGUACUAAUGGGUAGAUUAUGCUUUGUUUAUUGAAGGUUUUUGGUUCCCAGAAGAGUUUGUAGGCAAUAAAUUCUUGUGAUAGCACCCUUAAUAGCGUGAACAUGUCCAAAGAACCAUGUUGAACCCUAUGAACUUUUUAUAUCACGCCUGGUGAGAAUUUUUAUAAU